UUGGCAAUCUUUUUCAAAUAUAUGGUGAUAUUGGCGAGUGGCCAAGCAAAUUUCAAGAGAAAUAUGGUGACAUGUACGAAAUUUAUUCGGGCCCUCAACGAAUUGUCUGGCUUUGCAGCGAAGGCUUAAUCAAUAAAAUAAUGAAACCAAAAACUCAUAGCAAUUUUCAUGACCUGGUGAAGUCAGACAAUGAGGGUCUUCGAGAAAUUGGUGUACUAGAGUCAGGAGUCAUCUGUAACAUAAACUAUAAAAACUGGGAGUAUUAUCGGAGGUUUUAUGCAAGAACCAUUCUAAGACACUCGGUGUUGAGUACGUUCGUGCACAGUAUUAUGGAAGUGUUUAAUGAGAUGGAAAAUUAUUGGGAGCAACUUGGGGAUGAGACCGUGCUGGAAUUCUCAAAAUGGUCGAAAAGAUAUUUUAUGGAUUCAAUAUUUUUUGUAGCCACCGGGAAACCAGCAUAUUCGAUGGCCAGUUAUUAUAACAGUUUAUCGACUGAUAAAAAGAUAUCCGUAUCUGAAAGUAAUUUAAAGGAAAGCGAUACUUUUUUAGAGGCUAUCGAUGCCUAUAGCAUGUCUCUUAUAUAUUUUAUGUUGUUUCCAAAGUUUAUAAGAAACUUCCCGGGAUUUAGCGGGUACACCCGGAAAUUGAAAAGUCGAGUAAAUUGGUUAAGGAAUAAUAUCUAUAACAUUAUUAAGGAAAGAAGAGAAGAGAUUGAAAGAACACCAGAAGAUCAAGAAUUAGCCAAUGAUAUAUUGACAAUGUUUUUAACUAUCAAUACGUCACGUGAUAUUACUGAAAAAAUCGCAGAUAGUCUCCACGAUAAACCCAUGACUGAUGAAGAAAUUUGUGGCAACUUUGUUGAAACGAUGACGGGUGGUUCAGAUACGGCAUCCAAUUCUAUCUGCUUCUUAAUUCACAGCCUGUCUCAUCAUCCAGAAGUUAAAGAAAAAUUAAUAGAAGAGAUUGAUAGAGUAUUAGGGAAAGAUCUUAAUUAUAAGCUUACUUACGAAAACGUGGCAAAACUUGAGUACUGUGAGGCGGUGAUCAAUGAAUGCUUACGAUUAUUCACCAUUGCUCCUAUUCUACCCAAAAAAAAUACUAAUCCUGAUGAGAUCGGUGGUGUAAAAUUUUCUGCAGAUACACAAUUUAUCAUAAAUGUUCAAGGUAUCCAUAAGCACAAAUUUUUAUGGGAAAAUCCGGGGGAGUUUAUUCCCGAGAGGUUUAUGGGUGAAGCCGGCGUAAAAAGCAAAAAUUCAUUUUACGCUUUUGGCGGUGGACUGAGAAAGUGUGCCGGAAGAAAUUUUGCAAUGUUAGAGUUAAAAAUUACUUUGGCUAUGCUAUACGGAAAGUAUAAUGUCGAACUAGUGGAUAGGGAUGCACCGAUUAAGUUUCACACCACCACA